AUGAUUCUUUCCCCCCACUUCCAGCCAAAGAGAAGAUCAGCCCGACUGUCUGCUAUGCCUGUGCCCUUUACACCAGAGGUGAAACCUAAAAGAACAUCAACUCCAAGGAAACUGAAGACCACAAAUGUUGUAGUGGAAGAAAACAAAGAUGUGGGUGCCAUAACAAUUCCUGAACCCAAGCCCGAAGAUGUUAAAGAAGAGGGCAAUGUGGAAAAUGCUGAAAAUGGAGAAGCCAAAAUUAUUGAGGCACCCAUUCCUAAAAUGGAAACUGAGGAAAUAAAGGAACAGAUGAAUGAAGAUGCCGAAGAUGGAGGAGAAAAGAAAGAAGCUGUGGCCGCAGAAGGAAAAGAUGAUGAGCUGGAAGAAAAUGUCCAAAAUAUAGAGAAAGAUGAAGAUGGGAAAGCAGAUAAAGAGAAAGGUGAGGAGGUAAAAGAUGAAAAUAGGGAAGAAAUCCUAGAAGAGAAGACAGAUUCAGCAGAAAGUGAGAAUGUAAAAGAGGACAAAGAUGAUGAAGAGAAAGGGGGCGAUGAAAAAGAAGAUGACAAAGAGCAAGGAGAUGGGAAGAAGGAAGAAGAGAAAGCUUACAAGGAAGAGAAAGCUGAACUGGAGGAAGAAGUAAAAGAACAGAAAGAGGAAAAAGAAGAGGAAGCUGGAAUAUGCGAAGAAGAAGAAAAUGAGGAAGAUGGAAAGGAAGGCCAGAGUGAGGAAGAUGGAAAGGAGAAAGAUGUUGGAAAAGACGAAGAUAGAAAGGAGGAAGAAGGAAAAGAAAAAGAGGUUGCAGGGGAAGGAAAUGAUGAAAACAAGGUGGAAGCUGAAAACAAAGAUUUCAAACAAGAUGGAGAAAAGGAGGAGUCUCUGAGUGUUGUCUAAAACUGCCCUAUGUGAUGUCUUAAUUUGGUAACAUGUACCUUCCUGUUGUAAUGUUAAUAGAGAUAAAUAUUUUUAUCAGAUAUUUUAUAAACAGUGCUUUUCUUUAGCAUCAUUCAAUCUUGGACCAUCUUCAUACAGGUUAUUAGUUGCAAAAUACCUAACAUGACAUCUUUAUACAUUUUGUGAUUAUAGUAGUGCAAAAUAUAAAAUGUAUACUUGCAACUUUGUGAAUUUCACUGUGUGUAAGUUAUAUAUUAAACAUUUGAGUUUCAAUUUUAUUCUUAUACGUGAUAAUUUUGCAAAGUAGGAGAAAUCCAAAAGAAAGCGUUUGGUACAACUUUGCUGUAGUUCUAUCUAGGUUGCUUUUAUAAAGAAGGUCAACUAUUUUCAGGUAAUGUUAAGAAUUAGAAUUGCCAUUACCAAAUCUAACUGUAUUAGUAGCUUGGAAAGAACAUAAAAAUCUUAAUUUCGUUUUUGAAGAAAUUUGAAUGUUUAUUUCAGGAGGGCAGUUUUGAUUAUAUGUGUAUGCACAAAGUUUUGCUGGAUUUAACAUAAUAAAACAGAUCCCCAAAGA